CUCUCGCUGCCGGUGCGAGCUGUUACCAUCCCUGCAGUCUUUUCUAUUCUCUUAUACCUUUGAGAGUCAUUCCAGAUUUAGUCCACAUGUUUUUUUUUAGGACACAUAAUGAUUCAGACGUCAGUUGAGUUUUGAAUUUGGAGUCAAAGUAUAAGCGACACUGGUGCCCGUGAGGAUUUGUGAGAUGCCGACCAGUUUCAGCUGAUUGUCAAAUAAACCACCAACUGUGUCAGUAAGGAUGUGUAAUUUCUACACCUCACAUUUGCAUCUGCUGUUGUUUGCGGUUUUGUGGAGCCUCAGCUUCCCAAGUCUGCUCUCCGCCUGGCCGGGCACUGGUCGCAGCAAACCAAAGGAUCAGCUGGACCCUAAUGUGCGGGACUGGGGGGACUAUUCAGACCUCCCUCCAGGGAUCGAGCAGGGACUGGGGUUGGAUGAAGGAGUAGAACAUGGGGACAACACAGGUGGAGGAGAAUCAACAUCAAGCCUGGCUCCUGAGCUGGACUUCCUGGCUGAAUUUGCAGGUAAAAAGCGUCUGUGGGUGAUAACAGCCCCUUCGCACAGUGACCACUACCUGCAAAUGAUGGAGAAACAGCUGGAAGACAUGGAUCAGAAAGGGCUGAACUGUCGUCUAGCAGAAAGAGACACCUUCAUCAUCACCAUCAUCCAGAACGCUAUGAUGGAAGGUCGGAUACAGAAAACUAGUUUACAGGGAGAAGCCACAGUGGAGAGCCUCGAUCCGGACACAGUUACCAAGCUGCUGCAUUACCUAGAUCUCAACAACCAGGAGCAAGGCUUCACCAUGCUGGUUCUGAAGAAGAAUCUGCACGUCAGUGAGCGUUUCCCCUAUCCCGUCCGCGUUGAGGCGAUUUUAGAGCUCAUCGAUCAGUUCCCCGUGAGGAAGCUGGAGAAGAUGACCAGAAAAGGAGCCAACAUAAGGUGCAGCACUGCUAAAAAGAAGGUUGUGGUAAAAAGGAAAAAGAUAAAGAAGAAGAUGGUGCUGAGCUCUCAGAGGCAGGGAAAUGUGACUUCUGUGGUGGCUUUACCAAGAAAUCCUCUGGACAAAAAAGCUGCUCUGAGGAGUAAGAUCCAGGACAUACUAAGUGGACGGUCGAGGUUUGUUAUCCGUAAGGUGCCUGCUGCCGGGUCCACGAGGGGAAAGGACUCGAACAGUGGCAGUCGAGCUGCUGGUAACGGACUGGAAAAAGAGAAAGAGCACCGUCUUCCCUCUGUGUCAAAGAGCAACGAAGAAGUAAAGAAGCACAGGCCCGAGUCCACUGUGGAAGAAGGAAGGAGAACACAUGGAGGGAGAAACAGUGAGGAUAAAAAAGAGCAAAACGUAAAGGAUGAUUCACAGGAAAAACAAGGCUCGAAGAAGAAGGGAAAGGGAAAGAAAGGAAAGAAAGGAAAAGGAAGAGGGAAGAAGUCCAACAGAGAAGCCAGUGAUAAGGAUAAAUCAGCCUUGAAGGAGUUUUUGGAAAGUUUGAAGGGAAAAAGAAGGUUGAUGCUGAUCUCAACGCCCAGCAGAGAUGCAACGCUUUACAUCCAGCAGAAAGAGGAGAAUGAGAAGAGUCACUGUGACCUGGCUAUCAGGAAGAUCACCGUCGCGACCAUUGUGGAAGGCAGCGACGCCACACUCACCUUGCAACACCACCAGCUUGAAUCAGAGCCUCCACUCAGUGACCUAUCAGACAAGCUCUUUGGUUCAGGCCUGAUCUCCCUGUUGAGAGCUGAGCUCCGCCUGUCAUCCGCUGACCUCUUCUCCAUGACUGUCACAGACUACGACAUCCAGCCUGAUAGAGUCUUUGAAGCUCCACCAUCGAGCCCGGCUCUGUACGAGUACAUUGACAACUUUCCCUCAAGGCGCUCAGAGAAAGAAAAAGAGAGGAAGAGUCCGACAGUCUGCUCCAUAAACAAAGAGCCUGAAGCGGAGAAUUCCCUGCUCAGGUUCAUGUCGAAGAGGAGACUGCUGCUCAUCUCUGCUCCCUCUGAGGACGACUACUCCUUCCAACAGCAGCUCUCUGCUCUCAAUGGACAGAAGUGUCACCUGGGUAUUCGCCACUUUGCCAUGUUAAAGUUGACUGGAACUGGAAACAAAGCGUCAGGAACUGUUGAGUUAUUUCCACUAAAUGGUCAUAGUCAGAGUGAGGUUGAGCCGUUAUCCCGAGACAUGGUCAACAACAUGAGAGAACAGCUGAAGAUCAGCAAGGACUACUUCAGCAUGCUGAUCGUGGGGAAGGACGGCGAUGUCAAGGCGUGGUUCCCAUCCCCCAUGUGGUCCCUAGAUAACGUUUACGACCUGGUGGACUCCAUGGAGCUUCGCCUCCAGGAAGAAAAGCUGCAGAAGCGACUUGGAAUCCACUGCCCUGAGGACAGGGGAAGAGGAGGCAGUGAGGCGGGACACUAUCACGGCUAUGAUGAAGACAGGGCGGAGGAGAUGUACUCAUAUCACCGGUCGGAGGAAUGAAGAGGAAAAGGAAAUAGAGGAGGCAAUGACGCGAGGAUCUAAACUCUUGAGAUGAGAUGGACACACAAGGAUUUUAAACAUGAGCAAACUUACAGAACGAUUGCCUCAAAACCUUGGGACUGACAGGAUUCGAUGUAUUAUAUGUUUCCAUGUAUUAGAAUUGUGAAGUGGAUAAAACUGAAAAUAGUUAAAAGUUUAAAUACAAAAAAGUUUUGAUGAAAUGAAGCAUAUGUGCACUCUUCAGCUGCUCCCCCAAAAACUCUGUCUUUGUUUUGCUGAUUGAGGCAGAGGAAGAGGAGGGAUGUCCAUACAAGGCCAAGCAGCUUGCUGGGCAACACAUCUGUCCAAUAUUUUCCAAACACAUUCACUGUGUAACAUGAGAAUCCAAAUGGAAAGUAACUGUAUUUUAAUGGAACAAAUUGUUUUUUUAAACAUCUGUUUUUAAAGACCUCAGGUCAGUAAAACAAUGAGUUACUGAUGCGGGACUCAAUAUGUUUGUCCCAGUACAUUCUUUUAUAACAUUUCUUUGAGUAGCACAAUUUAAGGAAGAAUAGUACCACAAAGUUUGUCUACGUGUUAUCAUAUUAGAAAAAACAGACACACAAAGAUAAUUGUACAAUUAGGAGAGGGCAAUUUAGCUUAACCCUGACCACCCACUUCAAGGAUGAAUUUUCUGUUAAAUUUGUUUUUUAAUUUAUUUACUUGGAUUCACUCAAUUAAAUCAUGAUUAUUUUAUUUGUUGAAUUUAUUCAUCAAUUUUAAGACCUCUUCUGAAAUGAAAUUCACUGACUGCACCGACAGCCAAAUUUGCUUGUUUUGAAUGAAAGCAUUCAAAUAUCCAGACAGUUGGGCCAUUCAUUUAAGCAGUGUGAAGAUCUGGCAGCACGCAAUUCAUAACGGUAAUACUGCUGUGUGGAAUAUGACGUGAGUGAAAACAUUAUCUGGAGUAAAUCUUUACAGCACAUUACAGGAACAGGAAUGUGAAGAUGAAAGAUCGAAAGACAAAAAAAACACGUGUCCUUAGAAUAACCUUUCAAUGCAUGACUCAGCACAUGAGCCACAACUUUAAACUCCACAUUAAGUGGUCAUAAAACUUGAACAAAGUCUGGAUAAUACUCUCUGUAACAGCGUGUUCGUUUUUUCUGCAUCAUGUCCCAUCAUGUUUUUUUUAUUCAGUAAAUUCUAGCAUUUUGAACCUUAUUACCAAAUGUUAGCAUGUUAACAUGUUAGGUAAGUAAGUAGUAUAAGUAGUAAGCAUGGUAAACAUCACACCUGAGCAUGUCAGCAUUGUCACAAGCAUGUUGGCUUGAUAAUCUUAGCAUAUAGCUAAAAGCUCCACUGUGCAACAGCGCACACUGAGCUGCAGAGACUUGUAAUCCAGAACACACUGCCACAUCCUACUGCUGUUUAUAUCCUUCUCAGCCU